UCUCUCAGUUGAAGAGCAGUGGGGCAAACCGUCUAACAUUACGCCUGCUCUCAAGUCUCUCCGUGCUGAAAACGAAACCGCGCAAAUCCUAGGCCACCGGCACCCGAGAUGGCGGCGGCCUUAGCGGCGGGCGUCGGCGUGCUGCUGCCGUUCCCGUUCUACUGGGCGCUGUGGACGCGCCCGCAGCGGUGGGUGGACCUGUGCGGCCGGGGCGCGGACCCGUGCCGCCGCAUGGCGCAGGUCUCCCACGUCCUCAAGGCGCUCCAGCUCCUCGCCCUCGCCUCCGUCGCCUCCUUCUCCUGGCCCCCUCCUCUAUGCGCCCUCCCCCUCCUCGCCUUCGGCCAGUACCUCAACUUCAAGGUAUACCAGCUGCUGGGCGAGUCGGGUACCUACUACGGCGUCCGGUUCGGGAAGAAGAUCCCGUGGGUGACAGAAUUCCCCCUCGGCUACAUCAAGGACCCGCAGUAUGUGGGGAGCAUCCUGAGCCUCGUGGCGCUGCUGUGCUGGGUUCCCUUCCAGUAUGUUGUGUUGUGGUGCCUCGGCUAUGUUUUCAUGAUUUUGGUGGAAGACAAGGAAGAUCCAGCGACCCGUGCCAAGUUGCUCUCCUGACUGUUGUAUUUGCUUUGCGGUUGAUAGAUGACUCAAGAUCUCUCACUGUCCAUUAGUUGUGUUGUUCCUGGACGUGUCCCAGUCAUGCUGGCUAGACAUUUUGUUUAAUAAGGAGAUGUGAGUGUUUUUUUUUUUAUCACGGCUCUCAGACCGUGAGAAGGUCUUUUGUGUCUAUGGCGUUCAGACCCUGAGAAGGGCUUCUACACCUAUGACGUUAAGCUCGAUUAUCAACUGUUGGUUGUUUGGA